GCGUGGUAACGUGUUGACGCCAUGGUGUUAUGGAGUGGGCGGGCGGUUGGUGGACGCCGCUUCAAUAUUAAUUAAUGAUGCUCGAGCCGGCAAGCGCUAUGCUUCGGAUGGAGCCGCUCAUCGUUACCGCUCAAUCUUAUACACGCUGAUCCCUCAAGAUGGCAGAGAGGUCUUACGACAUGCAACUUGAAACUGAGACAGAAAGUGCUACAACAUGGCUGGAGUGGGUGGAGAUCAUUGAGCCGCGAACUCGAGAGCGAAUGUAUGCUAACCUUACCACUGGAGAAUGUGUCUGGGAUCCACCUUCUGGUGUCCGGAUAAAGCGCACCAAUGAAAAUCAGUGGUGGGAGCUCUUUGAUCCCAAUACCUCUAGGUUUUAUUAUUACAAUGCCACAACACAGAGGACUGUCUGGCAUCGGCCUCAGAACUGUGAUAUCAUCCCGCUGGCCAAAUUGCAGACGUUAAAACAGAACACUGACUCGCCAAGCCGUGCUUCGGCGGAGAACAGUCCAGGCCGGAGUAGUAAUAUGAGUAGGGAAGGGAGUACCAGCUCUUCCCUGGAGCAGGAACUGGAAGCUGAUAGGACACACGAACAAACACGAUUAAAACAAGCCCAGCAGAUUAUUGGGAAAGAGGAACCAGAGAGGACAUCACCUCAUCGCUGGAUGACCGGAACAAAGGAGCGAAUGUUAAUUAAAGUUACAGACCGGGAACCAAGUUAUUUAUUGCAUCAGGGUAAUGGGAAUGCUGAGAACCAGCCAGGAACACGGUCACGCCGGCCUUCAGGUCACCAGCUGUCUCACGCUCACAGCUUCGCAUCAGAUAGUGACAACCAGGUCUUCUUUACAGAGCGCAAAUCAUCUCCUUACCUGAAAAGGGCAGAGCAUGUUGGUGGCUGUUCCCCAGUACUGGCAAGAGGGGAGCCUUAUCAUUCCCCAAUCCAUUACCAACACAGAAAAUAUUCCUUUGAAUCCCAGCCCUCAUCUCCUCGCUAUGGCUAUGAGCCUCCUCUUUAUGAGGAGCCUCCUGUUGAAUACCAGGCACCUAUUUAUGAUGAGCCACCCAUGGAAGUGCAGUGUGAGGGAAUGAGCCUCUACAAAGCAGGGUCACCACAGAAAUCACCAGUCCGGAAGCCACAUCCAAUGCUUCACUCACCCAAACAGGGCCAGAACUCUCCUUAUCAGCAUCUAGUAUUAACAAAGCAAAAAUGUCCAGAGAAAUCCAUGAGCUUAGAAUACAGUCCAGUGGGCAAAGAACUAGUGAAGCAGCUGGUAUAUGUAGAGCAGUCUGGCUCCAGCCCAAAGUUCAAAACAAGUACAAAACAUCGAUAUUCACCUAGUGCUACAUCCACUAUUUCUCACUCAUUACAGCACAGCCAUUCGUUGGUUAGAGACUUUCAGUGUUCUGAUUCAAGAUCUGCCGAUUACAAUGGCCUGGAAGGAUCUGAAGCCAGGUAUAGUCAGCAAGGCAGUCAGUUGAUUCAUGAGGACUCCAUGUCAUGGUCCAGCCAGCAUGACUCGUUAUCUUCAAUAGGCUACUCCCCAAGCACAAGGAAAAGGAAAAGCAGGAAGCCCUCACUGACCCAAGAGACUUGCGGUGUGGUAGGGGAAAGCUGUGGAGAAAUUAAUCCUGUCCCAGAGCGGCUGCUGGCUGAAGAGAGGCACUCGCCCCUUGACAAGAUUCAGGUGAGCCAGAGUGACAACAAGACCGUUGAGGCAGAGAUGCUGCGGGGAUACUCGGAUGUACACACAACCCAGGCAAGGCUGGCACGAGAGGCACAGCAGCUCCAUCACAUCAAACAGCGCAGCAGCUGGGAUUCCCAGAAAGAAGUGUCUGGUUAUGAGAGUGAUGGGGCCCUUCCUUUACCUAUGCCAGGGCCUGUCGUUCGGGCUUUCAGUGAAGAUGAAGCUCUGGCUCAGCAGGAGGGCAAACACUGGAAAAGGAACACAUUUGAAAAGCUGGGCUUCCCUCAAGUGCUACUGGAAAAGAGUGUUUCUGUCCAAACUAACUUAGCUUCACCGGAACCUUACUUACACCCAUCACAGUCUGAAGACCUGGGCACUUGCAGUCAGUAUGACAUUGGAAGGCAGAGCCGGAGCAUGAUGCCCAGUGCGAGCUGCGUCUUCCCUGGAUUCAUGCUGCGAAAGCCAUCCUCUGAGACAGAUAUUGAGAACUGGGCUUCCAAACACUUCAACAAGCACACACAGGGAAUAUUCCGUCGCAAAGUAUCCAUUGCCAACAUGCUGGCCUGGAGCAGCGAAUCGAUCAAGAAGCCCAUGAUAAUGACGGCUGACCGUAAUGUGAAGAAGGAAGCAUGCGAAGUGUUCAAAUUGAUCCAAAUGUACAUGGGGGACCGGAGGGCCAAGGUGGACCAGGUUAACGUGGCCCUGGAGAUCGCCACAAAGGGCUGGAGCAUGCAGGGCCUGAGGGACGAACUGUACAUCCAACUGUGCCGGCAGACCACCGAAAACUUUAGAUAUGAGAGUCUUGCCAGGGGCUGGGAAUUAAUGGCCAUCUGCCUGGCCUUCUUCCCUCCUACUCCCAAAUUUCACUCCUACCUGGAAGGCUAUAUCUACAGGCACAUGGAUCCCGUGAAUGAUGCAAAAGUGACGCGACACAUUAAAGAACUCCAGGAAAGGAAAAAUGAGAAGAAAUUGAAAUUGCGAAAGAAAGCAAAGCCUUGUAAUGCGGAUGCUGAUGGUGUUGCUAUUAGCACGUAUGCUAAGUACUGCUACCGUAAACUACAGAAAUCGGCUCUGACUGGAGCAAAGAAGGGACUUCGGAAACCCAAUGCGGACGAGAUCAGACAUGCCACAAAUGCUGUUUUCUGCCCAUCCAUGUUUGGUAGCUCUCUGGAAGAGAUCAUGAAUAUGCAACAUGAGCACUAUUCAGACCGACAGCUUCCAUGGGUCCAAACUAGACUCUCCGAGGAAGUGCUGAAACUCAAUGGAGCACAGACUGAGGGUAUCUUCAGAGUUCCCGGGGAUAUCGAUGAGGUUAACGCUCUCAAGCUUCAAGUGGAUCAGUGGGUUAUUCCACAAGGGCUGACAGACCCCCAUGUUCCAGCCUCGUUGUUGAAGCUAUGGUACCGGGAACUCGAGGACCCACUCAUCCCUCAUGAGUUUUAUGAACAGUCCAUCAACCAUUACGAAAACCCGGAGGCAGCGAUUGCAGUUGUUCACUCCCUACCCAAGCUCAACCGGCUGGUCCUUGGCUACCUCAUCCACUUCCUACAGAUUUUUGUCCAACCGGCCAAUGUCUCUGUGACCAAGAUGGAUGUCAACAACCUCGCCAUGGUCAUGGCCCCCAACUGUCUCCGCUGUCAAUCAGACAAUCCCCGCAUCAUAUUCGAGAACACCCGCAAAGAGAUGUCCUUCAUCCGAGUGCUAAUCCAACACCUGGACACCAGCUUCAUGCAAGAUGUGCUAUAGCAAGGAGCGUUAAAGAAAAAUAGAAAAAAAAGGAACAGAAACAAACAGAAAGUGCAAAGAUAAGCCUUGUAUAAAAAAAAAGUAAUGGGUUUGUGUCUGCAUUUGUUUAUACAAUUUAAGAUUUUUUUGCCAGUCCCUUACUGGUCGAUGUUGUCUACAUUAUAAAAAAAUAAGAAGGGGGAAAAAAAAAGAAAAAAGUAUUAUAUGUAAAUUUUGAUGCUGCUUUUUUUUGGUCUGCUGUGUAUGAUGCUCCCAUCCAGGUCCAUCCCCACCAAUGGCACAGUUUACUAAUAGUUUAUUUUUUCGUUUAGCAUGCGUACUUGGGUUUUUAAACCUCUUUAUAAAGUAACUUUAUUUUUAUAGCAUUUAAUUAUACAGGGCUAAAAAAAACACGACAUCCUUUAUGUGGGCGCGAUGCCCUCAUACUGUUCAUUUCUUCUGGCACUUCUUGCCAUCUUGACAGUACUUUGCUGUGAAUUUUAACCAAGUGUAUUCCAAACCUUACAUCAUUUAACUUUUGCGUGAAAGGAAUUCACUCUAUCUGCAGUUUCCUUCCUUUUUUCAAAAAUGAUGUUUCUGCUGCAUUCUUUUCUCUCUCACUAAAUGAUCCAUGUUUUUUUAAAUUCAGUUCAAUUCUUUCUCGGGUGUGUUGGUCAGUGUAGAAUUGCCCCACUUGGUGCUAACUCUCAUCAGUGUAAGUGUUUUAAUUCAAUUGCCCGGUUCAGGAUUUACAUAGUUAAUCCUUUUCAUCAAGAUUGCGAGUUUUUACAUACAAAGAUGAGAGUCACUGCUGGUGGGAAGUCCCAGAGUCUGACACGGUGAAGGUGGAUGUCUAACCUGUUUGCUUGCCGCAACCUAGUAGUCUGUAAUGAACUCUAUUUUUAAUUGAUAACGUUGAACUUCGGUUUUCUCACUGCAUCGAAUAAUAAUCACCACUUCUCUGAAAGGAUUUGAAAUGUGAACUACGUAUAAACUCAAGAACUUGCCAGAACCAUUCUGGAUCACUGUCUAAUUUGGAACGAACCCUCAAGUAGCCAACAUGCUGAGUUGGGUCCUGUGGCUGAGAAUGAGGAUAGAGAACAGGUAGAUUGGCUGUGAUGCUUGGUAAAGCACAAAUAGACUUGGAUGGACAAAGGGCAAUUUCAGAGCUUUCACAGAGGCUAAACAAAGUUCCUAGGUCCUCCGUCAAAUGGAUGACUGCUCGACAACUGAAACUUAAUAAGGUGUGUAUGUGAGAGAAAGGGAAGAAAUUAUUCCUGUUAUUGGAGAAUAGCCCACCUAUUACAGAGUAAUGUCCAAUGCUCAGCAUCCAUAUCUGCUUGUUCUCUGGUUGAUACGUAAUCUCACUGUCUGUAGAGUUGAAGUCACCACUGGUCAGUCACACCCUCUCUCAUUUCCAUAUUUAGCCCAGUUCCUCAGUGUUCCCUUCUUCAAACAAGCUGCAGGUUUUUAAAACCCAAGUUGAGAUGACAUAACUACCUUUUUAAAAAAUCUUUACUUUCAAGCUGCUACCUUCCGUUAUCAACCCAGAUUUUCAUUUUUUUGAAAUAUUUUUCUUGCCCCCUUAUGCCCUUUAUUGCCAGCCUCCUACCCAACAUCCUUCCCUCCUCACCCCACCCCUGCUUCCCUACCUCUGCCCCCCCCUUCCCCAUGCCCCCUCUGCUCCCCCCCACACUCUUCCACUUCUCCCUCAUUCCCACUCUUUCUCCCCAUUUCCCAGCCACUCUUUACCCUCUCUUCUGUGCUUUCCUAUCCCAAUUCUCCACUUCCCAUCUCCCCCUCCUCCUCAUGUCUCACCCCUGGUAAAGAUGGAUGUUAGCUUUGCUGUAAGGAUAAAUAGUUUCCAGAUUGGGGCUGGGAAAGCUCCUGUUUUUCAGUGUGGUAAUAGGGGACUAAAAUUGGCUUCCAUUUUCUUUGGAUCUAAUAUUGAACUGAAUCAGCUGGGCAGAUAUUUGAUUCAUUGCAAAAGCCAGUGACAUUUCAUUUGUGUUGAUUUAUUCUGUUCAGUCUUGCUUUCAGAGCACAGUCCAGGCUUGAUAACUGGUCUCUCCACAAGAGCCUUGUUGCUGCCUUAGCAACCAACUUCCAGUGAGUGACGAUGAUGCAGAAACAUCCGGACCUUACUUUAAAAAGCCUUAUGCAGCAGGCGCACCAUUACUGGGCACACUAAUUAUACCUGCUAAAGUUGGGUAACUGCCACCACCUUUUUACUGUCUAAAUAAAUCCUACUCACUCUCGAUUUAUAACGGUCUGGUGUAUUUAGAUUCCGAAUGCAUCUAUUCUCCUGAGUGAAUGUUUGUUGUAAGACUAGAGGGGCAAGAUCCCAAUGAGGAAAGGGCUGUGUAACCACCCAGCUCGAUCCAUUUGUCUCUCAGCUGGGCCCCUCUAAUCGUGACACCAUGAGCUUUGCCUAAUUGUCUUUGUCCUUUCAAACUUACCUUUUCGCAUUUCACUUCCUGGUGUCUGUUUCAGCACCUCCUGAUCCUGAUUUCAGAGCUGUAAACAGCAGGGUGACUCUUCCCAACUAAGCUCUGAUGUGAAUUCAAAUGAGAAGGCUUUCUUUUUUUAACCACUCUGGUUCUGGUGCCUUUGAGUUUUGUGACUGUCCAUGACACUCGUAUCAGAAAGUUGUAUGUUAUAUCAGAUAUUGCUAUGUUGAAGUAUGUUCAAUGUAUGUUUAAUGGUGAAAGUUAGCUUCCAGCCUACUCCAGCUGUCACAAUGAAUUAUUCCUGGUGGCCUGUCUGUCCCUGUCGACAGCUCUCCUCUUCCAUCACAUCAUGUAAUGUGGCUUUGUGAGGGUCUGAUACAGGUGAUUAUAUCAUAUAGGAUUAUAUCACAUAUUAUUUGUCAUAGAAUCUUACUACAAAGUGUUUAUGCCAGCAAUUUUGAUUAAAAGAAAGCAACAAAACAAUAGUUUAAUUGGCAGCUUCAGGAAAUGCUACCAGUCACAUAAGCACAAUGAUACAAUACUGUAGUUUGUCCUGUACCUUCCGUUAUGAAUCAUUAUUUCCGAAUGUUCUGCCAUUGUCGAAUGUGCCACAGUGAAUAAGUGCCCCUGUAAAGUUUGUGCUAGAACUGCUGACUUGCUUGUCACAGAUACAAAUCUGGGAUCUGCAGUAAUGUCGAUGCCAGUUUUCCAGUGUUUAAUAUGCAGAGAGCUUGGUUUCUCUCCUGGUCCUAGCCCACAGCAAUCAGACUGUUCACAUUUGGAAAUGAGUGGCAGCAGUCAAAUUUGCCAUUUCCAAACACACUGAAGCUUUGAUGGAAGAUCCUUCAGAAACCCUAUCUGUUGUCCUCACUGCUCGGUCUGGGACAUGAUAUUAUUUAGACUUACUCUCUCUCUCUCUCCUCUGUACAGCCCCAUCUGAACCCCCCAUCCCCCUUCCCCACCCCCAUAAGCUCUUGCACCCCUGCAAAGGGUAUUAAAUCCUUCCCUCUUCUUUCUCUAGGCACUGUAAGCCGUUCUUAGUCCUACACUUAAAGUAGAAGAGCCUACUAUUCACUGAAUAGACAUUUUCUGUCCAGCCUCUGGCAGCAUCAGUGUAACAUAUUGAAGAAAGAUUCUGUUGUAAUCCAUGUGUUGGUUUGAUUCACUUAUUCCACACUUUCAGCUUCUCCUCUGAUGAAUUCACAGUCCCAUUUUUCACAAUAUCACAACAUCCAACUGGAUGUAACACUGGCUGCAAGGCUAACAGCAAAAAGUUAUUCACAACCAUUAAUAAGAGAUUAGACACAAUUAUUACAAGCCUGGAGUGUGGCAGUGAAAUGGAAAUCCAUUAUGCUCACUCCUUGUAUUCAUCAAAAAAGUUACAAGUCUCAGCAAAAAGGUUUGGCUGAGACAUCACUUUCAUGUGAAUUUCAGAUGCUGACUUCAUCUUUAUUUUCAUCAUUUGGGUAUUUAUUGGCAUUGACUCCCAUGCCCAGGGUAUCAGUGUAACACGUGUAACAGAAAUAGUCAGGUCUCAAUAAAUCCCCACUAAUUCCCAUUGUGUCUCAGGAGAUUCCUUGUUAAAUUAAAUGUGGGAGGUCGCACUGUGCGGGUGGCUCUUGUCUAAAAUAUGCCUAACAGUAAUUACAGUGUAAACCUCACUGUAGGAUUGAGACCAUAAUUGGCUAAAGCUUUCCUCUUCCAGGUGACAGUCUGGACCUUUGAAUAAGAUUAUUUUCCUGUAAUUGCUCUCAUGUCCUUACAAACCUCUGUUAAUGUGUGCCUGAUGUGAACGUACAAUGAAAACCUUGUCUCAGCCGAGAGUGCUGGAGGUGCCUUCAGGAGCGUAACAGCCAGGAUUCCUGCAUAUUUCCUACACUGGGAACACUGAACACAAGAAAGGUCCUCACAGCAGAAUGAAACAGGGUCCUCAGUCACUAAUUUGCAUUGGCUUCCUCAAUCAGAGGAAGUUACACAGAUUGCUGGGCCCUGGGAGAUAGCCCUUCUCAAUAUUCUACUAGCUAAGCCAGCAUUUGUUACUCAUCCUUUAUUGCCCAGUUACAAAUCAAACAUAUUGCUUUGAGUGUGGAGUCACAUGUCAGUCAUACAAGAUGAGGAUGGCAGAUUUCCUUCCCUAAUAGACAUAAUUAACUAAAUUAAUUUCUUUAUUAAACGGCAAUUGAUGGUAGUUUCAUGGCCUCAUUCCCGAAACUAGCUGUGUAUUAGUAUUAUAGAUUUUAUUAAGUGAAUUCAAAUCCAUCUAGCUGCCUUGGUGUAAUUUAAACCCAUGUCCCCAAAACAUUAGCCUGGCCCUCUGGAGUACGAGUCCAGCAACAUUACCACCACAAGGACGUCUUCCCUAGUAACCCCUGCUAAAGCAAAAAAACAUUUUACUGUCACCUUCAGCCAAUUUCUUACACAUCCAAGAUUUAACCAAAGUCCCAAUCUUUGCUUUUGAAGUGUUGUUGAUGUCUUCAUGCAAGUGAACCAUAUUAAAGGGUCUGGAUUAGUUCUCACCUCUGUAAAUAGUCCACAAAUAUAAUUUUAAAUCAUCGAUGCAUGAUUCAGUGUUUGAAAUAAUGUUGCUCAGCAACACAGAGUCUGAUUUCCUAUAACAAUGCCGUUAGCCAAACGAAUGUCACUGUCUUCAUGCAUGUUACUCUGACACAUUUUAUAAAGAGUAGGAUUGAAAAUAAAUAUGAAACCAUAACACACAUGAGGUUGGUCACUUUCUAUCUUGGUAAGGGACGUAAAACAGAAUUAGAAUGGAAAUGAAUCGGUCAGUAAUUAUUUAAAAUAUUGCAUUUAUUUGAAGUAACAAUGACAGGAUUCAUUGUAUAUCAAGUGUAAAAUGCAGACAACGGAAAUACGUGUGAAUAAAUUGCUGGGUGCACACAUUUUUGUCAAGAAUUGCAGCAUAGAAGCAGGUUAUUUAGUCCACCUGGUUUAUGCUCUACUCAAAUUCAUAUAACCAUAUUAUCAGCUCCUUUUUCUCCCUCGAAGGAUUUAUCUAACUUUCUCUUUAAUCCAUCUGUGGUAUUGGCCUCAACUAUUUGUGGGCGGCAUGGUGGCACAGUGGUUAGCACUGCUGCCUCACAGCGCCAGAGA